GUAGCAUUUUAAUGUCAACGUUAACCAGGAUGGGGGGAGGCUAUUCAGCCCCGUGAGAUUGCGUGAGUUUGCCUUGCAGCCUUCCUUUACCGGAUUCCCCCGCACCUGUACUCCCGUGACGCUUCACAACAAUUCAAAUUCAAUAAUAUAAGUCAAGAACAACUCGCUCACUGGUGCCCGGCUACCAUCAACGACCCAACAACCUCAGCUUCUUUUACCGUGCUCGCGUACACCUGUCGACGCAGCCGCAGCCUUGUUUCUUCAGAGACACAACCCUCUGCCGACCGCCUCUCUAACCGCCUCCGCGACAAGCCUAUUCAACUCCAUUGCAUACUCGCGCUGGCUCCGCCAAUAUCUUCCCAAGGCCUGCAAAAACACCAAGUCUCGCAAUAAGACCACGCACCGUCACGUGGAUGUCACUCGACCAUGUCCAAUGAUAUCAGCGAACCAUUUUCGGAGGACUGUAUUGAGUCUCUUGCUUCCACGCUUUGCAAAGAGUGUGAUCGACUCCUUCAACAUGCUGCGUCCAUGCGCAAGGACUGUGCCGUCGUAGAACUGAAACUAGAACGACUCUGGGGCGAAAUCCGGCAAAGUGCUAAGCAGUGUCGUUUGUGCCGGUCUAUUUUGCGUGAGGAGAUGCCCUUUCAACCACCAGACGAAGACAGCAGCAUGAUUUCAAUGUCCCCAAAAGACUACAAUCAAUCAAUCUCCAGUGGGGCGGUCGGUUAUUGGUUAUCGGUCUUCACGAAAUCGGGUUGCGGAGGAAGUCGCAUAGUUCCAUUCUAUCCAGUUCAUGAAAAGAAAUCGCCAAUACCACAAUUCCUGACGGAUUAUGAAUAUGCUUCGAGAACAGACGCCCCUUCGGUCGCCCAAUUAGUCAGACAAUGGUAUGACCAGUGCAUCUCUAACCAUACGCAAUGUGAUCAUCCUAAGAAUAAGUACCAACCACCUAGACUUCUGGAGGUUAAAAGUGAUAGCUUUCGUCUGGUCAUUCCAAAUGAACCUGGAUUAAGCUACCUGUACGCAACACUCAGCCACUGCUGGGGAUCCAACAGUCACUUCCUCAAGCUCACAUCAAGCAAUAUCGACGCUAUGAUGCAGUGGGCCCCAGUUGAGAACCUUCCAACGACUUUUCGGGAUGCUGUACGUCUCUGUUGUCGCAUAGAUAUCCACUACCUGUGGAUCGAUAGCCUCUGUAUAAUUCAAGAGGGAAGGAGCAGUGAAGCAGACUGGUCGGAUCAUGUUUCCAGGAUGUCCGCAAUUUAUUCAAAUGGCGCUCUUAAUAUCGCUGCCAGUUGUUCUUCCGGACCAUGGGGCGGGUUACAUACCUUACGAGAUCCAGGGAUGCUUAAACCCGCCAUUAUAAGAGGUGGACAUGACUACGGUCUGUCUGAAGAUAUUUACUGGAUCGGAGGUGAGAAAAACAUCAACGCAGGUGUGUUGUUUUCACCUUUGAAUCUCCGUGGCUGGGUGUUCCAGGAGCGGCUACUUUCCCCUCGGGUUGUUCACUUCGAAUCAGAGCAAGUAUUCUGGGAAUGCAACAGUGGAGAAAUGUGCGAAACAUAUCCAUGCGGCGGGAAUUCACGCAAGUCGCCCUAUUCAAGUCUAACUAAUUUCGCCCUUCCAACGUCAGCGGGGUGCAGCGGUAUAGUCGAAAACUAUUCUCGAUGCAAGCUUUCGUUCCCAGAGAAGGAUAAGCUUGCUGCCUUUGCUGGAGUUGCCCGAAAGAUCUCGCAAUAUGAUGAUGACAAAUAUUAUGCCGGCCUGUUUAAGAGCAGCCUUCCGGGAGAUCUGCUUUGGCAUAAUGCCAAUAAAAUUAACAAGGUCACCGAGGCGAAUAAGAAACGGCCAAAUACCGGUGUUCUGCUCGAUGAUCGACAUGACUGCCCAUCUUGGAGCUGGGCCAAGAUAGAUGCACCAAUCUGCUAUACCUGUCCCGUUGGGCCGUAUCUUGUAACAAUACGAGAUGUGCAGAUGAUGCCUGUGGAUUCAAACAGUCACUAUGGCCCUGUGAGUGGUGGGUAUAUGAUUCUACGAGGAUUUCUGCUAGAUUGGGACUGGGACAUGAUAGCCGGAACAGAGCCUCCAAAAUGCCAUUUUGAUACAGAGAUUUUAGCUUGCAUAGACCCGCAGGAUCUCAGAAUCCUUCCAUUCGGGUUCGUCCUGGUAAACGAUUCUCCUUCUAAAGCCAUUAUUAUGAUUUCUCUCAUUCUACAAAAGCUGGAUGGGAAGACUCAAGAGGAAUACAACAGAGUUGGGUGGCUGCAAUUUACCUGGGCCACAAGAGAUAGAAGCCCUCUCGCCAAGUCAGAAGAAGGGGAUGAUGAUCCAAAAGCAAAUACAUGGCUGUCAAAAGCUGGCGAGGAGUUUCAGGAAGAGUGGAAUGCAGGAGUAUACAAGCAGGACAAAGUUUACAAAAGUGAUGCAUGGAGGUCAAAGGCGGUCAGUGCGUUUCGGGAAGAGUUCAGAGCAAGAGGAAAAGGAGAACUGGACAUUUGCAUAGCCUAGCGAUAUGAGCCCGCAAGCCAGGGUCUCAUCAAUCACGACUUCAUUCCCAGUACAAUUUCAACAACCUAUCCUAAUUGAAUUUUCUUCAUGAGAAGCAUACCACACAUUCAAUGAAACGC